AUGGACGAGCCGGAGAUGGAGGACAUCGACACAUGGGCGGCCAGCGUUGUCGCACGGGAGUCGACCAAGCGGACCAUCGAGUCACUGAGGCUCGCAUGGAAGGCAACAUCUGUCAUCGUCUCUGCUAGACUACUCAAGCGCGAGAGGACGUGGUCGCUCAGCAGCGCCGACAUCCAGGACAUUCUGGCCAACACCGACGAGUACUACCGCAACUUUCUCCAAAACCACUACCAUGGCUCCGAGAUCAUCAAGCCCGUUCAGAAGAUGAUUCGCAAGCACCAGAUCCGGAACUUUCGGUUUGCCGGCAAGAGCACCGACUUGGCCGUCCGCAGCUACUUUCAGCAACACGCCGAACGCAUCGCGUCUGGCGUGACGAAACUACCGCGGGCGGCCAUGCCCUCUGGGUUUAACGACAAGUUCCUGCCCACUGUCGGCUGUGUCAAUCGCAAGCACCUGCUGCGUCUCGCGAAAGAGUACCUGAAGAGCUCACGGAAUGCGCCCGCUCCAACAGAGACACCAGCUGCAGCGGCAGACGUCGGCGAGAGGCCACACCAAGCUGGAGCCGAAGCUGGAGCAUGA